AUGAAACUCGUUUAUUAUACAUUUCUGUUUGCUAUUUAUUUUGGUAUUUUUGUUCAUUGUAAACCUGUCGGCGGUCGUCGUUUCAAGAGUUUUGUGGUUCAUGGUGUUCAUCGUCCAACCAGUAGUUGUGAUACACCUAAAUGUCAACACGAGGGUGCCGUAGUUACGAGCGCAAUUGUUGGUUUAAUUACCUCUAUAAUUCUAUUCAUCCUCUUGUGUAAACUCUUCGGGGAUUUUUGUGGAUGUGUAAACAUAUCUUUUGAUGAUGAAAAAUUUCUUAUGGAUAACUGUGGUGGACAAACAACAUCAAAUGUAAAUCUAUUUCAAUCAGGUGUUUGGUCAAGUCAGUAUUAUCGAUCUGAAGAUUGUCAUGGGCCUUUUCAAUUCCCACUUAUUUUCUCUUCUUCAAACAACAAAAUAAAAGGAUAUGGAUCAGAUGAUAUUGGAACCUUUAAUGUCAACGGAAUUUAUUCAGAUAACACAAAUCGAAUUGUUCUAAUAAAAAAAUAUCAAACAAUUCGGAAUAAAAGUCAAGAAAUCUCCAAAUAUGAAGCUAGAGCACAAUUAAUAUGGAAUAAUAUGACUAAUCAAUUUGAAGGAACAUGGAAAGUCAAAACAGCUAAAAAUACAGACAAGGGAAAAUUUAUUCUUCAAUUUCUUCCCGGUUCUUUUGCGCUUAAAAUUGGUAACAACAAUCAAUUCAAUAUUAGCUCAAUUUACUUACAACUAUUCAAGAAUUACAUAACAUAUGAAGUUUAUUCAGAUUUAAUAUCAAUGAUAAAUCGUGAAACAAGAAUAUUAAUUCUAUAUCAAUAUAUCAUAAUAAGUGUUGCAGCAUUGACUAUGAUUAUUGUCUGUACUCUAAUACCAGUGAAUGUUUUUCUUUUGAUAUAUUAUGAUAAUUAUGGGAUUGGUGUUCUGCUGAGUAUAUUAACAUUCAUCGUUGUACCACUCUGUUUACUGGGGCCUGUUUCAAUACCUAUUUCUACUUCUACUAAAAAAAUACAUGGCAAAGUUAAGUUAUAUGUGGAACAAUUUUCAAAUCAACAAAUCAAUUCUCAAACAAUAGAUCAUCGCUUAGAAUGGAAUAUUGAAUUUUAUAAUGAUUGUGAACCAAUAUUAUAUGGAAAACCUUAUUUGUCAGAUCAACAAAAAAUUGCAAAUCCAAUGGAAAGAACAAUUAUUCCUGUUUCAUAA